GAGUUAACGCACAACACGAAUCACGCCUAGAAAUCAAGGCUCGUGUGAACUCGGAAGUGUCCAUACAUGGGUUGACAAUCACAUGCACAUCAUGAAUUCUGUGAAACGUGUGUUGUAAUCACACUAUCAGUAAGAAGGGAAACAUAAUAACAAUACACUUGCUACAAGUUCACGGUAAAUCUCAAACUCGUGGUCAGCGCAGUGACGCCGUGAUUGCCCGAAGGAACCCGGAGGAAAAAAAAACAUAAUCCGGAAGUUUACCGACACCUGCAACCAUGAUCGCCUUAACAUGGAAAGUUUUCUCUCAUCACGGGAACUAUAAGCACCUCUAGCAUCGCAGAGACGUUGACAUCACCUCAAGCAGGUGUGCAUAUGUGACGGUGUUGGGAGAUGACAUCCCCAUGGUGCGUGCUUGGAAACAAGAUCACUGCUCUUGGACUCGCCGAUCUGUCCAAACAUACACACAUGCCACGCACCGGCCUAAUCUGUGUAGUGCUCUUCCCUGAUGGCACAACCCAAAAUUUUACCGUCACUAAACAUGAUGCUGGUCAUCUGCUGUUCGACUUGGCUUGCGAACACCUCAACAUAGUGGAGAAACAGUACUUUAGCCUGCAGAUCAGUGAGGACACAUCCAGCUCUCCGAAGUGGCUGGACCCUAACAAACCCUUUAAGAAACAGCUGAAGGGUUCCGCUCCGUUCUUUUUAAUAUUUAGAGUGCGGUUCUUCAUCUCUGAUCCAAAUUCCCUCCAGCACGAGCAGACCAGGCAUUUUUAUUUCUUGCAAAUUAAGAAGGACGUUUGUGAGGGGAGAUUAAAGUGUCCAUUAAGCUCAGCUGUGGUACUGGCUUCUUACGCUGUUCAGUCUGAGCUUGGAGAUUAUGUCCCUGAAACCCCUUCCGGAUACCUCAGUCAGACCCAUUUUCUUCCUGACCAAGACCAUGAGUUCCUUCUGAAAGUGGAGUCGCUGCAUCCACAGCACAAAGGUUUGUCUCAGAGUGAGGCUGAGCUGUGUUAUUUGAAUACAGCAAGAACAUUAGACCUGUAUGGAGUGGAGCUACAUCACGCUCAGGAUGUUAACAACCCCGCCCUCUGGGUGGGCAUUACAUCAGGGGGCGUGGCUUUGUUUUGCCAUUUAAUUUGCUCCAGUUUUUUCCCCUGGAUUAACAUCAUCAAAAUUUCAUUCAAAAGAAAACGGUUCUUUGUCCACCUACGCCGGAAACAUGGUGAGUCACCACGUGGUCACCACGUGGUUUCUCUCUCCAUGCCGAGUUCACGCACCUGUAAGAACCUAUGGAAAUCCUGUGUGGACCACCAUACGUUCUACAACAGAAAACCUUCUCACUCGGCUUCGAAACUUAGCUCUAUCCCACUGUACCGAAAGCUGAUUGGUGAGAUGAUGUUGAACCCUACGGAGAGGUCUAACUCAGUGGAACACUUCGAGACAAAGAGUCUACCCUCACGGUCACCACCCAACACACCCAACUGGCGGAGUCCUCGUUUACGCCAUGACUUCCGUAAGCCACGCCCCUCAUCUGUGGACAACCUGACCAAUGAAAUGAGCUAUGUGACUGAGAGUGAAGACGUCUUCUAUACUUACAGGAAAACUCAAGAAGAGGGGCGGACGAGUGGUAGCUGGUCUCACAGUGAUGAUAUCACCACCGAAGAGGAUGAUUUGCACAUCUGGGAUAAGAAUGUGACAGCUGAUGGAGAUCUGCUGCUUGUGAGGAUCAGCCCAGACCAAGAUGGGAAGUUUGGCUUCAACGUUAAAGGAGGCGUGGAUCAGAAGAUGCCCCUGGCCAUCUCUCAUGUUAACCCGGCAUCUCCGGCCGGUCGCUGUGUGCCACCAUUGAUGGAAGGUGAUCAGGUGCUGUUGAUAAACGGACGGGACAUUUCAGAACACACACAUCAGCAGGUGGUCAUGUUUAUCAAAGCAAGCAGAGAGUCACACAGCAAGGAACUUGCAUUGCUUGUGCGCCGCAAAGGUGUCUCUUUGCGAGCUGAACCCACGCUACAAUUAGGUGAGGGUCUCACCCUUCCGGGUGAAAUAUCCUCACUGUCCAUUCAGCCCUCUGGAGAAACACUAGACGAGUCCAUGACCCGCCUAGAGAGGGGGUUGGUCACAGGCACAUUGCUUCUGCACUUUGAGAAGUUGUACAGGAAGAAAGAAGGCAUGGCAAUGUCUUGCGCAAAACAGUCCGACAAUAUGGACAAGAAUCGGUACAAAGAUGUAUUACCAUAUGACAUCACCAGAGUGGUGCUGCAGGAAGAAGGGGAUGAUUACAUCAAUGCAAGUCAUGUGAAGACUGAGCCAGCAGGUUGUGUUUUGCGGUACAUAGCAGCUCAGGGUCCACUGCCGCACACCUGUACGCACUUCUGGAGGAGCGUGUGGGAGCAGAAUGUCAGUGUCAUCGUCAUGCUCACCACACUGACCGAGAGAGGACGGCCCAAGUGCCACCAAUACUGGCCUCAUCCCCCUGAAGUGAGGGAUUAUGGGUGUCUUCAGGUGUGCUGUCACUCAGAGGAGUGUAACCUGGCAUACGUUACUCGAGAACUAACACUCACAAAUACUCAGUCAGGACAGCAGCGCUCGAUCACUCAUUUGCAGUAUGUUGCCUGGCCAGAUCAUGGGGUACCAGAAGAUUCCUCAGACUUCCUGGAUUUUGUCCAGUCAAUGAGAAGUAUGAGAGAGGAGUCAGUGCCUCUUAUGGUUCACUGCAGUGCUGGGAUCGGGCGGACGGGUGUGUUGAUCACCAUGGAGACGGCCAUGACACUGAUGGAGAAGGAAAAGCCAGUGUAUCCCCUAGAGAUCAUUACCUUGAUGAGAGAACAGAGGGCCAUGCUGGUUCAGACAUCGUGCCAGUUUACCUUUGUGUGUGAGGCCAUUCUGAGGGUGUACAGAGAGAGAAUGAAAAAGAGCUCAACACCUAACAGUUGAUAAGAAGAGGGGCACAAGAGGGAGUGUUUGAAAACACACAAGUGAAUGAAGAAGCUCCGCUGCUGUAAUCCCACUGUCAAUAAAGACGGAUGAAAAAGGGGCAGGGAGUAGAGGGUGUGUCUGGAUAAAGAUGGAUAGACAAUCUCUUCUCUUGCAGUGGCUCUCUGACAGCUGUGCGGAUCAAGGAAGAACAUAAAGCACUUUGACAUGUAUACGCUUAUAGGGCCCUACAGCACACAUACUCUCUGUUUCUCUUUCCCACACACCUCAAGUGCUAUAUUCAGGUGAAUCUCACAAAUUGUGUCAAGAAAUGUUCAAGUCACAUUUCACCCUAAAAUUAAGAGGAAAAUGUAACUCAUACUCUGCAUAAAAUAUUAGUAAAAUCUACUUUUACAAAGAGAUAAUUCACCCAAAAAUGAAAACUCUGUCAUUGAUUAUUUACCCUUAUGUCGUUCCAAACCUGUAAGAUCUUUGGAACGCAAAUUAAGAUAUUUUUGAUGAAAUCCAAGAGCUUUCUGACCCUGCAUAAACAACAACGCAACACCCAGAACGGUAGUAAGGACAUUGUUAAAAUAGUCCACGUGACAUCAGUGGUUCAACCGUAGUUUUAUGAAGCUAUGAGAAUACUUUUUGUGUGCAAAGAAAACAAAAACAUCGACUUGAUUCAAUGAUUCUUCUUUCCCAGCACAGUCCGCCACCAUGUACAAUAAUACAUCCGCUGCACCGUUUACAAACAGAGGAAAGUAUGCACAUCCGUUCUGGUACUCUCGAUAGUGGCGGAAGAAAUAAAGUUGUUAUUUUUGGGAUUUUUUUGUGCACAGAAAGUGUUUCAUAAAUUUACCUUUGAACCACUGAUGUCAUAUGGACAAUUUUAACAAUGUCCUUACUACCUUUCAGAUUUAAUCAAAAAUAUCUUAAUUUGUGUUCUGAAAAAGAACUAAAGUCUUACCAGUUUGGAACGACAUGAGGGUGAGAAAUUAAUGAUAGGUUUUUCAUUUUUGGGUGAACUAUCCCUUUAAAACUUUCUCUCCUUUUUUGGAAUUGAUACAUUGUUUUCAGAACAAUUAAGCACAUUUUACUCCCCAAUUCUCAUUACAUUAAUCCAUAUAAUAUUGUCUUUUUAUGGUAUAAGAGUAAUGUGUUUUGCCGUUAUUUACUUAAAACUGAUUUAAAAGCUGUACGACAAAUGUUACCAUGAUGAAUAAAUACUUUAAACAUGUAUAUAUAUUGUUUUUCUUGUUACAGUAAUGAAAACUGUCUUUGUAGUUUGUAAUUGGAAAUGGGGGGAUAAAAUGAGCUUGAAAUGUCCUACGAAAUACGAAAAAAUCAUAUUUGUGAACUAAUUUUAAAAAAUCUAUAAAAACAUGGAGUUUUUUUCCCUUUUUGAUUUUAAUGUUGAAGUGUGACCUGUACGCUUCUUUGUGAGAUUGACCAACCAAACCACUACUAGAAUAAUGAAAUUCACUUCUGUUAAUAACAAAUAAAAAAUGUGUAAUUCUUA